CACAGGCUCAGCUGGUCUGUUGGUUGGCUCAUAAGAGACGGACUCUGCCUGGGGACGCCUCUCUCUUUCUCCCUUUCUGUCUGGAGCUAGGUCCAAAGGAACCAGGUGUAGAUCAGCCACCACGCGAAGGGUUCCCCUCUCUCCCAACAGGAACCAUGGCUCUCCCCAUCAACCCCACAGACGAGCCCCGUCUCUACCAGCAGACCCUGCUCCAGGAUGGCUUGUCUGACCUGCUCGAGAAUGCCAAGCUGGUGGACUGCGUGCUGAAGAUCAAAGGGAAGGCGUUCCCCUGCCACCGGCUAGUGCUGUGCGCCUGCAGCGCCUACUUCCGCGGGAUCUUCCUGUCCGACCUGGACGAGAGCAAGAAGAAGGAGAUUGUGCUGGAGGACGUUGAGCCCGGCGUGAUGGGGCUGGUGCUCAAGUACCUCUACACCUCCAACAUCAACGUGACGGAGCAGAACGUCCAGGACAUCUUUGCCGUGGCCAACAUGUUUCAGAUCCCAUCCGUGUUCACCGUGUGCGUGUCCUUCCUGCAGAAAAGGCUGAGCUUCAGCAACUGCCUGGCUGUUUUCAGGCUUGGCUUGAUGCUGGACUGCCCCCGGCUGGCCGUCUCUGCGAGGAACUACGCCUGCGAGCGCUUCCAGUUCAUCAGCAAGGACCAGGACUUCCUCCAGCUGGGGCCCAGCGAGCUGGCAGCCAUACUGGCCUGCGACACGCUGAACGUGGAGACGGAGGAGACGGUGUUCGAGUCUCUGAUGAAGUGGGUGGCUGAGGACGUGGAGAACAGAGAGAAGGAGCUUCCCAGGCUGCUGGACUGCGUCCGCCUGCGUCUGGUCAGCGAGGAGUACCUUAGGGAGAAGGUGGAGAAACACAAACUCAUCUGCUCUUCUAAUCAGGAAAUAGAGGAGAUGCUUCAGUUAGUGAGGGACGCCCACUCCGGAAAGCUUCCAGAGCUUAAACUAAUCAAAGGCAAGAAGGGAGAGGCACACGAAGAUGGACAAAACGGAGAGGAGGAGGAGCAGGAAGAGGAAGCCCUCCUCCCAGGCAUCCUGAACGACAACCUGCGGUACGGUAUGUUCCUCCGAGACCUGAUGUUCCUGGUCAGUGACACGGGUGCGGUGGCCUACGACCCCGCUGGGAACGACUGCUACGUCGCAUCGCUCUCCACGCAGAUCCCCAAAAACCACACCAGCCUGGUCACCAAGGAGAACCAGAUCUUCGUGGCUGGUGGUCUGUUCAUAGACGAGCAGAACAAGGAGGACCCCAUGUCAUCCUACUUCUUACAGUAUGACCCUGCAAAUGCUGAUUGGAUCGGCAUGCCGCCGAUCCCCUCCCCUCGCUUCCUGUUUGGGCUCGCCGAGGCCGUCAGCUGCAUCUUCGUCCUGGGAGGGAAGGAGCUGAAGGACCAGGAGCACACGCUGGACUCGGUCCUUGUCUACGACAGACAAUCUCUGAAGUGGAGUGAAUGUGAUCCCACCCCCUACCCCGUCUACGGCCAUGCCACCGUGUCCCACAACGACAUCAUCUAUGUGAUCGGAGGCAAGGAAGACAGCAAGAAGUGCCUGAGCGCCAUGAGUGCGUACGACGCCCGGGCCCUGCAGUGGAGGGACCUGGCGCCUAUGAGCUGUCCCCGGUCGCUGUGCGGAGCCACGGUGCACCAGGACCAGAUCUAUGUGGUUGCGGGGGUGACGGACACGGGGCUGACCAGCAGCGUGGAAGUGUACAACAUCUCCAACAACCAGUGGUCGGACAUGGUGGCGUUCCCUCAGGAGCGCAGCUCCCUGAGCCUGGUGUCCAUGGCGGGGUCGCUGUACGCCGUGGGGGGCUUCGGCAUGAUGCCCGUGGAGGACAGCGACGAGCUAGUCCCAAAGGAGAUGAACGACAUCUGGAGGUUCAACGAGGAGGACAGGAAGUGGAUGGGCGUCCUGAGGAACAUGCAGUAUGCUGCAGGGGCCACCAUCCUGGGGGUCCGCCUGAACACCCUGCGUAUGACCAAGAUAUGACCUCCUCCUCACCCCCUGGACCCCCAACCUCCUCAAACAGUAUCACACAUCUGGGCUGGUCACUCUUUCAGAUAGUUAACAGGAUCCCACAGGACAUGAAUCUCAUAAUUAGGCAAUUAGGCAAGAUGUUCUAAUGCUGACUCUAUUUACAUUGCUGUACUGGUUUACUGUAGUUAAUAAUUUGCUUUGAUUAUACUUUUAUAUUUGCUUGCUUUUAUGUUAAAUAUAUAAAUACUGGUAGUUCUCUUCUGACCUUGGUUGCACUGGUCUACCCCUUUAAGUCAUAUGUUGCUCUUGGUAGAAUAAAACAAUAUUCCAACAGGAUGUUGCAGUAUUAUUCUACAACUAGAUGGCAGUAUACCCGUUAUUGCUUCUGUAAACUGGUAAGGUUACUGCUAACCCUAACCCUUUGAAUCAAAAGGUCAUUCACAAUUCACAGCAUAUAAAAAUAACAGAACACACCCAGUUUUGCAAUAAUAUAUCUUUACUGUUUAAUAUUGAAAUGUUGCUCUCCUGUGUUACAGAUGGUGAACACUAGUCAAUAAUACAAUUAAAGACAGAAAACACAGUCUAAUGUUAAUAGCACCCCUAGACACUAAAGUCUGCGUUUUAGUAUGUGUUAAUAUAGUCAACAACUACUACCUACACAUGGCCUUUGUAUAAGACAUUGUUUACAUUAUAAUGUGGAGAAUUG